AUGUUAGUUUGUGCAAACGGUUCGGGGAUUUUCGAACUGCAGGUGCUGGAAAUAGCGAAUCCGCGCAGCGAAUUGAAAAGCGGCGAUUGCUGCGGCGACGGCGUCCGCUCGCCGGUCACCGGACGCUGUUCCACGUCGUGCAACACUUUUUUCAGACUCUGCCUCAAGGAAUACCAAAGCAACGUCACCAGCACCGGCAGCUGCUCCUUCGGGAGUAACGCCAGCCAGGUUCUCGGCAGAGACUCCUUCACCCUGAGCGACCCCGAAAGGGGGCGGCUAGUGCUCCCCUUCACCUUCAGAUGGACGUUAUCUGAGGCGCAUCCUUGCUUCCAAACAAACGAGUCAUUGAUCAACUCAUCUUGGUGUUAUUUGUCUUUGGACUCUCCUAUGGGAUAUCAAUCAGGCUUCGGCUUCCAGGCCGAGUUAUCAGUCGCUGCGGAAUUUUUCGAAGAAUCUAAUGACACAUCCGCGUUUUUUCCUGCAGCGAAAUUAAUGGUGGCUAGAAUAACUGAAAGGAGUGAUGAACAUUUAUCUUGGAGUGCGCCUUCUAAGCCUGCCGCAUAUCUACGCUUCAAGCACCUGGAGAGACGGUCAUAA